CUGGAAAUUCCCGUCCUGCCUGGCUCCUCCCCCGCAGAAAUCCCCUGGCCGCUGUGUAUAUGCGAGGCGCCGCCGCUGCCGCCGCUCACUCGCAGCGCCCUCAGCUCCGUCGCCAUGAUCAGCGCCCGCCGCGCCGCCGAGCCGCCCGCCAUGGAGGGCUACGAGCACCCCAAGAAGGACCGCCAGGGCGGGUUCCCGCUCGACGAUCGCCACGACAGUGGCUUGGACUCCAUGAAGGAGGAGGAGUACCGGCAGUUAGUGAAGGAGCUGGAGGACAUACGGCUGCAGCCCCGCGAGCCGCCCGCCUGGGCACAGCAGCUGACGGAGGACGGGGACACUUUUCUCCAUUUGGCCAUUAUUCACGAGGAAAAAGCCCUGAGCCUGGACGUGAUCCAGCAGGCAGCCGGCGACCGGGCUUUCCUGAACUUCCAGAACAACCUCAGCCAGACUCCUCUUCACCUGGCAGUGAUAACUGAUCAACCUGAAAUUGCUGAGCAUCUUCUGAAGGCCGGAUGCGACCUGGAAGUCAGGGACUUCCGAGGAAACACCCCCCUGCACAUUGCCUGCCAGCAGGGCUCCCUUAGGAGCGUCAGUGUCCUCACACAGUACUGCCAGCCACACCACCUCCUCGCUGUCCUGCAGGCAACCAACUACAAAGGACAUACAUGUCUUCAUUUGGCAUCCAUUCAAGGAUACCUGGCUAUUGUCGAGUAUCUGCUGUCCUUGGGAGCAGAUGUAAAUGCACAGGAGCCGUGCAAUGGCAGAACAGCGCUACAUUUGGCUGUUGAUCUGCAGAAUUCAGACCUGGUGUCACUUCUUCUGAAACAUGGGGCAGAUGUGAACAAAGUGACCUAUCAGGGCUAUUCCCCGUAUCAGCUCACAUGGGGAAGAGACAACUCAAGCAUACAGGAAAAGCUGAAGCAGCUGACCACAGCUGACCUGCAGAUGUUGCCAGAAAGUGAGGAUGAGGAGAGCAGUGAAUCGGAGCCUGAAUUCACAGAGGAUGAACUUAUAUAUGAUGACUGCCUUAUUGGAGGACGACAGCUGGCAUUUUAAAGCAUGUGAAGUGACUCUAUACAUAUGUACAG